AGUCUAAGGAGAAUGUUGUGCCCCCCUGGUGGAUGAGCAACAGAGACAGCAGAUGAUGAAGACAAGAAAGGUCAAGAUCUAUAUAAAGGAAUCAACAGUAGCCUUCCUUGAGGAACUGCCUUUCCCAUUUGCUGCCUGGAGUUAACGUUUCCUGCUGGCAGAAUCAGGGACAUGCCAGCACUAGCGGGAUGAGUGGGUGCUCCGGCGGGGAUGUGGUCAUUGAUGGCCAGUGAGAGUGAGACCACCACAGCCCAUUUCUUCCUUGGAGCUGGAGAUGAGGGGCUGGGCACCCGUGGAAUAGGUAUGAGGACAGAAGAGAGUGACGGCGAGCUCCUUGAGGACGAAGAGGAUGAAGUGCCUCCUGAACCUCAGAUCAUUGUUGGUAUCUGUGCCAUGACCAAGAAAUCCAAAUCCAAGCCAAUGACCCAAAUUCUAGAGAGACUCUGCAGAUUUGACUACCUGACCGUUAUCAUCCUGGGAGAAGAUGUGAUCCUCAAUGAACCUGUGGAAAACUGGCCAUCCUGCCACUGCCUCAUCUCUUUCCACUCCAAAGGCUUUCCUCUGGACAAAGCUGUUGCUUACUCCAAGCUUCGAAACCCCUUUCUUAUCAAUGAUCUGGCCAUGCAGUAUUACAUCCAAGAUAGGAGGGAGGUGUAUCGGAUCCUGAAGGAGGAGGGUAUUGAUCUGCCUCGAUAUGCUGUGCUCAACCGUGACCCUGCCCGGCCUGAGGAAUGCAACCUGAUAGAAGGUGAAGACCAGGUAGAAGUCAAUGGAGCUGUCUUUCCCAAACCCUUUGUGGAGAAGCCAGUGAGUGCAGAGGACCACAAUGUUUACAUCUACUACCCCAGUUCAGCUGGAGGAGGAAGCCAGCGCCUCUUCCGUAAGAUUGGCAGCCGAAGCAGCGUUUACUCUCCUGAGAGCAGCGUCCGAAAGACAGGGUCAUACAUCUAUGAGGAAUUUAUGCCAACAGAUGGCACAGAUGUCAAGGUGUAUACAGUGGGGCCAGAUUAUGCCCAUGCUGAAGCUAGAAAAUCUCCAGCUUUGGAUGGGAAAGUCGAACGAGACAGUGAGGGGAAAGAGAUUCGUUAUCCAGUCAUGUUGACUGCCAUGGAAAAGCUGGUGGCCAGAAAAGUCUGCGUAGCUUUUAAGCAAACAGUUUGUGGAUUUGAUCUUCUUCGUGCUAAUGGUCACUCCUUUGUGUGUGAUGUCAAUGGCUUCAGUUUUGUCAAGAACUCAAUGAAAUACUAUGAUGACUGUGCCAAGAUUCUGGGGAACACCAUAAUGCGAGAGCUUGCCCCACAGUUUCAGAUCCCCUGGUCCAUCCCCACAGAGGCUGAGGACAUUCCCAUUGUUCCUACCACAUCUGGCACUAUGAUGGAACUUCGUUGUGUCAUUGCGAUUAUCCGUCAUGGGGAUCGUACCCCCAAGCAGAAGAUGAAGAUGGAGGUGACACACCCAAGGUUUUUUACUCUGUUUGAAAAACAUGGUGGCUACAAGACAGGGAAAUUAAAACUAAAGCGACCUGAGCAGCUCCAGGAGGUUCUGGACAUCACGAGGCUGCUGUUGGCUGAACUAGAGAAAGCACCAGGUGGUGAGAUCGAGGAGAAGACUGGGAAACUAGAGCAGCUGAAGUCUGUGUUGGAGAUGUAUGGUCACUUCUCAGGUAUCAACCGGAAGGUUCAAUUGACUUACUAUCCUCAUGGAGUAAAGGCUUCUAAUGAGGGGCAAGAUCCGCAGGGGAAGGCUCUGGCUCCAUCUCUAUUGUUGGUACUGAAGUGGGGUGGAGAAUUGACUCCUACUGGCCGUGUUCAGGCUGAGGAGCUUGGGCGAGCUUUUCGUUGCAUGUACCCUGGAGGACAGGGUGACUAUGCUGGUUUCCCUGGUUGUGGGCUGCUUCGUCUCCAUAGCACUUUCCGCCAUGAUCUUAAGAUCUAUGCCUCUGAUGAGGGCCGUGUCCAGAUGACUGCUGCUGCUUUUGCCAAGGGCCUUCUGGCUCUAGAAGGGGAGCUGACACCCAUUUUGGUACAAAUGGUGAAGAGUGCCAACAUGAAUGGGCUCCUGGACAGUGAUGGUGAUUCCUUGAGCAGUUGCCAACACCGCGUAAAGGCUCGACUGCACCAUAUUUUGCAGCAGGAUGCACCCUUUGGCCCUGAGGACUAUGAUCAGCUGGCUCCCACUGGAAGCACUUCCCUGCUUAACUCCAUGACUGUCAUCCAGAAUCCUGUGAAGGUCUGUGGUCAGGUAUUUGCCCUGAUUGAAAACCUCACCCAUCAGAUUCGGGAACGGAUUCAGGACCCCAAGUCUGUAGACCUGCAACUCUACCACAGUGAGACAUUAGAGCUAAUGCUACAGCGUUGGAGCAAGCUGGAGCGUGACUUUCGACAGAAGAGUGGGCGCUAUGAUAUCAGUAAGAUCCCUGACAUCUAUGACUGUGUCAAGUAUGAUGUGCAGCACAAUGGGAGUCUGGGACUUCAAGGCACAGCAGAGUUGCUACGUCUCUCUAAGGCAUUGGCCGAUGUGGUUAUUCCCCAGGAGUACGGGAUCAGUCGGGAGGAGAAACUGGAAAUUGCUGUGGGCUUCUGUCUUCCAUUGUUGCGGAAGAUACUACUUGACCUGCAGAGAACCCACGAGGAUGAGUCUGUCAACAAGCUGCAUCCCCUGUACUCCCGAGGAGUGCUUUCCCCAGGCCGCCAUGUUCGAACACGUCUCUAUUUCACCAGUGAGAGCCACGUCCACUCCCUACUCAGCGUCUUCCGUUAUGGGGGACUUCUUGAUGAGACCCAGGAUGCACAAUGGCAAAGAGCUUUGGCUUAUCUUAGUGCCAUUUCGGAGCUCAACUACAUGACCCAGAUUGUCAUCAUGCUUUAUGAGGACAACACACGGGAUCCCUUAUCAGAGGAACGGUUUCACGUGGAGCUACACUUCAGCCCUGGAGUGAAAGGUGUCGAGGAAGAAGGCAGUGCCCCGACUGGCUGUGGAUUCCGUCCAGCCUCUUCAGAGAAUGAGGAGAUGAAAACAGACCAAGGCAGCAUGGAGAACCUGUGCCCAGGAAAGGCAUCAGAUGAGCCAGACCGGGCUUUACAGACUUCACCCCAGCCUUCUGAGGGCCCUGGCCUCCCAAGGAGAUCACCCCUCAUUCGUAACCGAAAAGCUGGCUCCAUGGAGGUGCUUUCUGAGACUUCAUCCUCAAGGCCUGGUGGUUACCGGCUCUUUUCAUCUUCACGGCCACCAACGGAGAUGAAGCAGAGUGGUCUAGGCUCACAGUGCACAGGGCUGUUCAGCACCACAGUGCUGGGUGGCUCCUCCAGCGCCCCGAAUCUUCAGGACUACGCCCGCAGCCAUGGCAAAAAGCUACCACCUACCAGUCUGAAGCACCGAGAUGAGCUCUUGUUUGUCCCGGCCGUAAAACGAUUUUCUGUGUCAUUUGCAAAGCAUCCGACUAACGAGCUGCUAGAUGACCAGCACCCUGUGGUCCGGUUGCUGCGCAGUUUUUCCUCUGACUACCCAGGGGGCUGGCCAGUCUCCUUGGAUGCCACCCUGGCGCAUCACCUGCACCAGUGCUCCUACCACCUGCGCCUCUUCCGGAACUGGCUACGCUCAGGCCAGGAUGACCCCGAGUGCCUCUACGGAUUUGAAGGGUGCUCCAUGGUGCCUACCAUCUACCCCCUGGAAACACUGCAUAAUGCCCUUUCCCUGCAUCAAGUGAGUGAAUUCUUGAGUAGAGUCUGCCAGCGCCACACUGAUGCCCAGGGACAGCCAUCUGCAGCCCUCUUUGACUCCAUGCACAGCAACCAGGCCUCAGAUAGUCCAUUUUCCCCACCCCGUACUCUUCAUUCACCUCCCCUGCAACUACGGCAGCACUCUGAGAAGCCCCCCUGGUACAGCAGUGGCCCUUCUAGCACUGUGUCCAGUGCUGGUCCUUCCUCCCCUACUGCAGUGGAUGAUAACUCCCAUUUUGGCUUCAGUGACCAACCUUCCCUAAAUUCUCAUGUGACUGAAGAACAUCAAGGCCUUGGGCUCCAAGAAGCCCCUGGGAAUGGAGCACAAGAGCUUUUCAUAGAAGGGGAGCAAGAGCUUUUUGAACCAAAUCAGUCCCCACAGGAGCCACCUGUGGAAAACAGCCAGCCAUUCCAGGACGUCCUUGAGGAGGUCAGCCAGCCAUGCCAGGAGAUGCCUCAGAUCAGCCAGCCAUGCCAGAAGGCCAACCAGUUGUGCCGGAAAGUACCUGAGGAAGUUUGCCAGCUUUGCCAGGAAAACCCUGAGGAGGCCAGCCAGCUAUUCCAGGGGGUCCCUGUGGAGGUUGGCAGGCUGGUCCAUGAGUUUCCUGUAGCAGUUGGGGACCUUGUCCAGGAAACUCUUGUGGAAGUUGGCUGGCCAGCCCAAGAGAUCCCUGAGGAGCUCAGCCAGCCAUGCCAGGAGUUCUCUCUGGAGCUUGGCAGGCUGGCCCAGGAAGCUUCUGCAAUUAAUAUGUUGUCUCAGGACUUCCCUGAGGUUGAUAAACCAUCUCAAGAGUUCCCUAGGGAGAUUGAUCUGCAGACACAGGAAGUCCCUGAGAUUAAUCAGCAGUCUUGGGUGGUCCCUGAGGUGACUGACCAGCUGCCUGGAGAGGAUGUUCCUCAAGGCCAGUAUCCAUCUAGUGAUCCAAACCCUCAGAGCCAGUCUCUAGCCCACGACCAGCCACCAGCAACAUGUAAUUAAUCACUUUCUCAUUAGUGGUGUCACACUGCAGCAGCCAUUUGAGCCAGCAACCUUUUCUGUUGGCUAACUCACUGGCCAGCGUGAGGCCUUGGCCGUCACCAGAGGUGUCUGAGGAAGCAGUCCUCUUGGCAUGAAGCAUACCUGUGCCAGAGCUGUUCUUGGGGAGGAGGCAAUUUUAUGUUCAAAGCAGCCAUUGGCUCCUCGCCUAGCCACUAGCCUUGAAUAGGAUUUCCUUGGGGUAGGCAGGUCUAUCAUUACCCAACCUACUCUGAGCAUCGUAGAAAAUCUCAGACUUUUAAAGGAAAUGCCACUUAACUGCCGAAGACAUCAUUGGGGGACAACAAAAAAGGGGGGACUUCACUUUUCUGGGGAAAUAUUCAUAGCUUCUCAAGAUACCAUUAGACAUGCAUUCAGGGGGACAUAUAUGCAUUCAGGGGGACUCUUUGCUAGCACUCCUCAGGUGAGUCCAGGAUCUCCAUCUGAAAUGUCUGAAAAAUAGAGAGUCCUCUUCCCAAACAAACAUCUGUCAUGGCCACUAAUCUUUAGACUGGGCUUAUGGAUGUUUCCACAUCAUCCCCGAGUGCCCCAUCUGCCCCAGUCCUAUUCCUCUGGUCUACAGCUCUACGGAAAAAUAGGUAUUAGAUUGCUGUGCAAUUUUUAGAGUAACUACUUAAAAUGCUCUUGGCCAAUCUAUGAUUCUGGGCCUUCCUUUCUUGUGGGACUGUUUGGAUUAGGAGAUGCUGUGGAGGAGAGAAUCAGGUUCUAUUUUAAGCAAUCAGCAGAGAUCAAUAUUGUACAGACAUGGGCAAAGAUUUAUCUAUCUAUCUAUCUAUCUAUCUAUCUGUCUCUAUAUAUAUUUCUGUAGUUGUGCCAGGGACAGACUGGUCAAAGACCAAAUAUUCCAGUGUCCCCAAGAAGUUUGUCCUUAUAUCAUUGUGUCUUUAGGGCCAGAUGUGAUUAUGAAGCUUUUCCCAAAGAUCUGGAGAUGGGAUUGGGCGUGGGUAGGAGGGGUAAUUGGGGUGGGGGGCCGGAACAUUAUAAGUGCUCAAUAAAUGUGAAAUAAUGAGAA